GUGGUCGGAAAGGGCGCCCCGCCCAUCCCGCUGUUCCUCCCCUCGGCGGGGCCGGCGCCGGUUUACGUAACGCCUCUCCGGGCAAAUUCCGGCUCGGUCCCGCCGCCUGACUCGGGACGGGUCGCCAGAGGCCCCGGCAGCUUCAUUUGGACCCAACAUCUCAAUUGUCCUGCUGGGGAUUUACAUCUGGCUUCAAUGUGAAAUUAAGGUAGAAAAAUGCACAUAAACAUGUGUUUCCUGUUAAGAUUUAGUGUACUCAGUGGUUAUGCCUGAAGAGUGGGGUCUUGUCUCUAGACUGAUAACUGCCAGGAAAUAUAAAUGAUUGUCCUAGAAGUCAAGCGUGUCUCCUCCUUACUGGAGUGAAAAAAAAUCAACCUCCAGGUUCCCACGGAAUAUCAUCUUCAGAAAAUGCAUCACGUUCUAAGGAUGACAGCUACCUAGAUUCAUGCACCCAAUCUAUACAGUUGUUGUGGAUGGUUUGCCAUCUGAAAGCUCCUCAAGCUCCUGUCUGGGUCCUGUACCUGUUUCAGAAAUGUCUCUGCUUCAUGCUUUGGGCCCUGUGCAGACCUGGCUGGGACAAGAGCUAGAAAAAUGUGGCAUUGAUGCCAUGAUUUAUACUCGCUAUGUCCUCAGUCUUCUGCUGCAUGAUAGUUAUGACUACGAUCUGCAGGAACAGGAGAAUGACAUCUUCCUGGGCUGGGAAAAAGGAGCUUACAAGAAAUGGGGGAAAAGUAAGAAGAAAUGCUCUGAUCUAACACUAGAAGAAAUGAAAAAACAGGCUGCUGUUCAGUGUCUUCGUUCUGCUUCUGAUGAAAGCUCUGGGAUUGAAACUCUAGUGGAGGAGCUGUGUUGCAGGCUGAAAGAUCUCCAGAGUGAGCAAGCUGGGGAGAAGAUCCACAAAAAGCUUGAGGGCUCUUUGCCUUCUGAAGUAGAUUUGUCUCCUGCAGCAAAGGAUCAAGUGGAAAUGUAUUAUGAAGCAUUUCCACCUCUCUCCCAGAAACCAGUUUGCCUGCAAGAAAUUAUGACAGUUUGGAAUAAAUCCAAAAUCUGUUCUUACUCCAGUUCCUCCUCAUCUUCUACUGUCCCAGCAACUAGCACAGAUACAUCAUCUCCAAAGGACUGCAUUAGUGAAACUGAAGUAUCCAAAGAACGAAAUAGUAACAGAGUUCCUGCCACUUUACACGAGAGAGCCACCCAGCAAAAAGAUAAAGAUGAAAAAGAGAACAAGUUUGGGAAUAGCAGUAUUGAAGAGAAACCUGCUUUCUACAAAAAGCAAGUCCGACACAAAUCUGAGGGAAAGAUUCGUCCUCGAUCUUGGUCUUCUGGCUCAAGUGAAGAAGGUUCCAAUUCUAGUGGUAAUCAGAGUGAAUUAAAGUCAGCUACAAAAUAUGUUAAAGUAAGGCAUAAAACAAGAGAGGUCCGGAGCAAAAAAGGACGAAGCGGACAAAGCAGGCAUUUAGCAAAAGCCGGUGAAAAAGCUGAAAGAAAAAAUUAUGGCAGUAGCAGCAGCAGCAAUGGAUCCAUCAAGCAAUUGUGUAAAAGAGGCAAGCGACCAUUUAAAGAAAUCAGAAGAAAAGAAGCAGGCAGCUAUGAGAGAAAAGAGCUAUAUUAUGAUUGCAGAAAUGAAAAAGAAUAUAAGGAAGAGCCUUUAUGGUAUACUGAGCCAAUUGCAGAGUACUUUGUUCCCCUGAGCAGAAAAAGUAAGCUUGAGACAACAUACCGCAACAGACAAGAUGCAUGUGAUAUGACAUCAGAGGCUGUAGAGGAAUUAGGUGAAUCUGUGCAAGGUCUUUGCAUUAGCAACAAUAAUAUUAAUAAAACAUACCUCGCAGCAGGUACUUUCAUUGACGGCCGUUUUGUGGAAAUGCCUGCAGUUCUAAAUGAGGAUAUUGGCCUCACUAGGACCUCAAUGUGUUCUCAACCAGAGGACGACACACACUCAGAUGGUGUUCAUCUUUCAGAACUAACGCACUUCUAUGAAGUGGAUAUUGACCAAUCCAUGUUGGAUUCUGGUGCCUCAGGCAAGAUGCAAGGAGAGAGUCGGAUUUUGAAUAUGAUUCGGCAGAAAAGUAAAGAGGGGACAGACUUUGAGGCAGAAUGUUGCAUAGUGUUUGAUGGAAUGGAGUUGCAAGGGGAAAGUGCAAUAUGGGCAGAUUCAGCCACCUCUGGUGCUGAAGGGUGGUUCUUGCAAGAUCUUAGUAACUUAGCUCAAUUUUGGGAGUGCUGUUCAUCUUCUAGCUCUGGUGAUGCAGAUGGGGAAAGCUUUGGGGGAGAUUCUCCAAUUAGGCUUUCCCCCACCUUAGACAGCACAAUGCUUAAUUCACACAUGCUUGCAGGCAAUCAAGAGCUGUUUUCAGAUACUAAUGAAGGGUCUGGUUUAAAUUCUUUUUCAGUGUUUGAAGUGCAAUGCAGUAAUUCUGUCUUACCAUUUCCUUUUGAAAAACUCAGCUUAGGAAAUGAAAAUACAGAUUCUAGUAGCAAUGUUGGUAUGUUUGGGAAAACGCAGUCUAGAUUGUUAAUAUGGACCAAAAAUAGUGCCUUUGAUGAAAAUGAACACUGUUCUAAUCUGUCAACAAGAACUUGUAGUCCAUGGUCAUAUUCUGAAGAAACACGUUCAGACAAUGAGACUUUAAAUAUUCCAUUUGAAGAAUCCCCUCAGUUUAACUCAGAUGAUAUUAAUUAUGUAGUUCCCAGAGUAUCUUCAAGUUAUAUAGAUGAAGAAAUAGAUUUUUUGCAGGAGGAAACCUGCCAGGAACAGAUUAGUUCCUUAGGAGAAAUUCCUACCUUAAUUUUUACAAAAAAAUCCAAACUAGAAUCUGUCUGUGGUAUUCAGCUGGAACACAAAGCUGACGAUAAAGACUAUGAAACAACGCAGGUGUGUAGUGACAGCAGUCCACACGAAGAUGACUAUGGCUCAGGGGUUAUUAAAGACAUCUGGACAAAUGUGACGGAUGGGAAUUCUGCAGCAGUUGUAGAAAUAGAUGGUAUAGAAGAGGAGGUAUAUUCUGCUGACGUAAAUCAUUACUGCUGCUGCUUAAACGAUGCAAAGUUAGAAAUUCUUCAGGAUCCUAAAAAAGCAGUGCAGAGAUCAGAAUAUCAUCUUUGGGAAGGUCAGAGAGAAAAUUUGGAGAAAAGAGCGUUUGCAUCAAACCAUUUAUCAAAAGUGGAUUGCGGAGAUUAUACUACACCUUCCAAACCAUGGAAUAUUAACCAAGAUAAAGAAAAUUCUUUUAUUCUUGGUGGUGUGUAUGGGGAGCUCAAAACAUUUAACAGUGAUGGAGAAUGGGCAGUGGUGCCACCCAGUCACCCUAAAGGAAACUUACUACAGUGUGCAGCUUCUGAUGUAGUUACAAUUGCAGGUACAGAUGUCUUCAUGACACCAGGAAACAGCUUUGCCCCUGGUCACAGACAAUUAUGGAGACCCUUUGUGUCAUUUGAGCAAAGUGAGCAGUUGAAGUGCGGUGAUCAUGGAUUGAAUCGGGGCUUUUCUUUUAUCUUCCAUGAAGACUUGUUAGAAGCUUGUGGUAAUUUUCAAGGUGAAGAGUCUGCUCUCGAAUAUUCAUUCUCUUCCUUUGACUUGAAUAAUCCAUUUUCACAAGUUCUUCAUGUAGAAUGUACAUUUGAACCAGAAGGAAUUACAUCCUUCAGUCCUUGCUUUAAACCCAAAUCUAUCCUUUGCUCUGAUUCUGAUAGAGAAGUUUUUCGUCCAAGAAUAUGCGGUGCUGGGAGGACACAAUACAGAGCUAUACGGAUUUCUCCUAGGACUCACUUUCGCCCCAUUUCUGCAUCUGAACUUUCUCCGUGUGGUGGAAGUGAGUCUGACUUUGAAUCAGAGAAAGAUGAGGGGAGUAUUCCUGCUCCUUCUCAAGCUGAAGUGUUUGAUGAUCCACAAGCAGAUCUCAAACCACUGGAAGAAGAUGCAGAAAAAGAUGGGCAUUACUAUGGCAAAUCUGAACUAGAAUCUGGGAAAUUUCUUCCUAGACUAAAAAAAUGUGGAAUGGAAAAGAGUGCACAGACAUCUCUGGAUUCCCAGGAAGAAUCAUCUGGAAUACUGUUGCUAGAAAAUGAGAAUUCUUGUUCACAGUGCAGUAUGAAAGACCUGCAAGAUGUAACGGCAGGUGAAAAUUCUGAAGCCAGUUGCAGUGUUGUGGAAUCAAGAGAAGAGGAAGACAAGUCUUGCAGCUGUAAAGGUCAUUCAUAUGAAGAGAAUCCUGUUUCUUCAGCACAUCUAAAAGAGUUCCCCGUAUUGAAUAAUGAUCUUGAGAAAACAAGCUACAAUCAAGCAAAGCAGUGCUGGUGGGAGAAAGCUCUUUAUACACCACUCUUUCCUACAUCUGAGAAUGAAGACCCCUUACAGGUACUCUGCUUCUGGAUUCCAGACACACACAUGCACCAGGAGCCUCAACGCCACUGCCGCAACUGGGGAUUGAAAGACAAGGCUUACUGCAUAGAAUCAGAACCAGGAGAUACUACAGCGGAACAGAAAGAGGAGAGAGAAAUGCCAUGCAGUUCACAACAUUUGAUGAGUAACCCAGCUAUCAUCAAGCAUGCACAGAAGCCAGACUGUUCCCCACAUGCCAUAGUAUGCAGAUCACAAGAUAGGUCUACAGAUUCAUCAGCCACCAAAUCCCAUGCAAAUGUCAAGAGGGAGAAUGGAAUCAAAGAAUUCACAGAUACAAAAGAAGUACCACAUACUGAACAACAUCUUUUAGAUUUUAAUAUGGUCGCUUCUCUUCAUGAAGCAAGAUGUGCGGAUCCUAGUUCUGAAACAAAAUCAAAUGGUUUUAGGAAGAAGCUAUACUCCAGUGAUAGCUCCGGCUCUGAAGGCACAGCAUCAGAAGGUGGAAAUGGAUGGACAGAUCCUUGUGAAGAGGAGCUUUUCUCUCGAACUCACCUGUAAAAUUACAGAGUUUAAAUAGAUGAUCUAGGAACAGCAUGAGAUGGGAAACUCUUCUAGAAGGCCUGAAACUCAAUAUUGAAUUGAGUUCCCCCUUCAGUUAAUGGAUUCAGAAAUGUAUUUAUCUUUCUCUUCUUGAUAUUUUAUUUUCAAUAGGUGGGAUUCCAGUCCCAUUGAAGGCUUUUCCCCCUCCCUCCAAAAUGUUAGCUCCUUGGCUAUUUGGAUCUAGAGUAGAUUGUGUUGUCGAAUCAAGAAUGGAUGUGCAUGUGAUUUGUCUUGGUAGUAUCACUGCUAUUUUGCAUCCUAGCUGCAGUUAUUUUUAUUUUUAACUGUAGCCCUAUCAGUAUUACUAUCUUACUAGCAUUGCAGUGUCUACAGCUAUUCAGAGAUUUUAACUUUCGGCACAUUUAGGCUUUUAAGAUUUGGGAGAUAAAUACUUAACACUGUAAUCUAUCAGUGCCUUUCUGAAUGUGAGAGGAAAGCAUGUAUGGCUUGUCCUGUCUUUUAAGAUCUCAUAACAUUGGAGUAGGAAUACUAGGGCUGUGCUUUAGAGACUUUCAGAAACUGUGUUUUCUAUUCUAAGUUCUCUCCUCUUAACUCAUAUAAUUAACACAGUUGAAACUAUUGUUUGUUACCUUCUUGCUAGCAGAGAUUUUUUGCAGGCCUGGAAAAAGAAACACAAUUUUCUUUUCCUCCUCGUUUUCAGGGCUUAGUGUUACACCUUUUUCAGGGUUCGGUGUUGUAAAAUAGAUAAUUAAACAAAUGACACUACAGUCUGGUCUGAAGCACACUUAACUCUAAUGGUACAUACUUGGAGGCAUACUUAAGGUUGUAUCAUUAAUGUCCCUGGAGAAAUUAUGAACAGUGAAUUUUGUCACAAGCUGCAGAGAUUUGACCGAAACAAUCUCAGAGUCAACAUUCAAUAUUUUAUAUGCAGAAGGUUAGUAUAUCACUCAAAAUAAAUCCAGUGGCUCCUGCAGUUAGCUACUAUUGUGGUUCUAAUUUAGUAAAACUUGUAGCUAACUUUGUGUUCUGAGAGAGUGUUAGGAGUAAGUUGUGUGUUGUGGGCGUGAGUGCGGAAAAUGACUUACGUGUGUGAUUGCAGUAGUGAUUGUUGCUUUAUGUGACCUGCUCUUCAAAGUUUAUUUUAACAUAGUCAAUGCAUCUGUCAACUUGUAACUGUGCAAGACUAUCAAUUCCCUGUGCUACUAAUGUAUUAUGCAAAUCAUAAGAGCCAGGAGGAGCAAUAUAGGUUUAUACCAUUUCAUAGUUUUAAAAACUGAUCUAUACAAUAACAGCAUGUUUAAGACAUCAGAAAGUGCAGAAAGUUUACUGUUGAUUUGAAAAUGCUAAGCCAUUAAUUUUGAUAGGCAAGAAACUCCUAACAAUUAUAAUUGUUUGAAAUGAAAAGCUGAACUGGCUUUCAAGUUUCAUUCCGUGCUAGUUUGCUGAAAUGAAUUUGAGUUUUGUUGCCUUUUCUUAACUAGUACAUGGACUUAAGAUCUAGGAUAUCAGCAACUUCUAAGAUUGCAUGUAUUCUUUCUGUUGAAACUUUGACUCCAGCGGCUUGGUUUGUACUUUCCAGGGAAAUAUUAUUAACUGCUUUUAAGCUACAUUAUUUUAGCUUUCAUACAACAAAUCUUUACAGUGUUGGGGUUGUUUUUUUUCUUUUUUGAGAUUCUGGAUAGGUUUUAAAAUAUUUACUUUCUUCUGGAGCUUCCUUAAAAAUGUUGUAUAGCACAUGCACUGAGAAUAUUGUCUGUCAACAUGAAAGCAAAAAGAACGAAACUGAUGAAUUCUAAAGGUUUAAUUCAACUAGAGAGUCAUUGUUAGAAUAAUGACCAAACGGGAAUAUUUGGGGCGGGGAGGGGGACCCACACCUUUUAACCUUGGCUUAUUUAGAUAGAUAUCUCAGUGAAAGGAUGAUUCAUUAUACUAUGAUUUAAUACUUUAACAUCUUUGAAAAUGUACAUGUUACAUGUGUGGGCAAUAACAAAUAAUAUUUAUUUGUUUCAUAACUGAAUGGAUAAAAUUCUGAAGCUUUCCAGUGAGAAGGUUGAUGUGUGAGUUUGUGUUUUUGUUUCUCUGCGAGGAUAAUUUAAAAAGUGGAGAUGCUAAAAUGCACUGUGGUAUGAAGCGCAUUGCAUAUCCAUAGCACUGAAGUAUCAGUUUUUCAUUCCUGGGCUGAAUUUGUUUCUACUUUUUUGCUUCAAGUGGUUGUAUUGUUCUGAUUUCACAUACACCAGGGUAACUGAAUUUGUUUUUGUGGAGUUACUAAACACCAAAUAAAAGAUAAAAGGACA